AAAUUUGUAAGCUUUUAUGAGCAGAUCAAAACUUCAAACUUAGCAACUCUGACAACGCCAAUCUAAUAUGGCGCCGGAAUAGCAUUGAAAUUGCAUUCAAUUCUUUGCUUGCGCCUUUCAUUUUUUAUUUUGUAAUUAGUUAAAUAUUGCAUACAGACUUAUUCAAAGUGGACUAAUUAAUUAGUUAGGUUAAUUAGACAAAGUUUUUACAUUUCUGUUUUUACCCUAUCGCGUCAUGUACGAGGAUAGACGUGGAGGACGAGGUGGUGGACGCGGUGGAAGAGGCGGGAGCCGCGGUGGCAGAUCCAACGAUAGAUCGCAAGAACGGGGCACUAGCAGAUUCAGCGGCGGGCGCGGCCGAGACGGGCCGCGGGGUCGCGACGGAGGCCGAGGUGGCCGGGGGUUCAGCAGCCGCGGCGGCCGUGACGAAUACCGCAGCAACUUUAAAAACGAUCAGCCCGGCGGCAACCUCCGCAAGAUACGCUGGGACAAUGUUGUUCUUACGCCGUUCCAAAAGAAUUUCUAUGUCCCGCAUCCGAAUGUACAGCGCCGCAGCCAGGCGGAGAUCGAGGCGUACCGCAGCCAGCAUCAGAUCACGGUGAAGGGUCGCGACGUUCCCGCUCCGAGCAUUUACUUCGAGGAAGGAGGCUUUCCCGAUUACGCCAUGAAAGAGAUUCUUAAGCAGGGUUUCCCGAACCCGACUCCUAUCCAAGCUCAAGGGUGGCCUAUUGCCUUAUCUGGGAGAGACAUGGUCGGCAUCGCCCAAACUGGGUCGGGUAAAACCCUGGCGUACAUACUACCUGCUAUCGUGCAUAUCAUCAACCAGCCGCGACUUCUCCGCGACGAGGGUCCCAUAGUCCUGGUUUUGGCACCAACGAGGGAGCUGGCGCAGCAGAUCCAACAGGUCGCGACGGACUUUGGUCAGAAUGUGAUGGUGCGCAACACUUGCAUCUUCGGCGGCGCACCCAAGGGGCCCCAGGGAAGGUGUCUCGAGAGGGGAGUGGAGAUCGUCAUUGCAACCCCUGGAAGGCUUAUUGACUUCCUUGAGAAAGAUACGACAAACCUGCGUCGCUGCACGUACCUGGUCCUCGACGAAGCUGACAGGAUGCUCGACAUGGGCUUUGAGCCUCAGAUUCGGAAGAUCAUAGAGCAGAUCAGGCCUGACAGACAGGUGCUCAUGUGGUCAGCAACCUGGCCAAAAGAAGUCCAGAAUCUAGCAGAAGAGUUUCUCCAUGACUAUAUUCAGAUCAACAUAGGUUCACUGGGCUUGGCAGCCAAUCACAACAUCUUGCAGAUCGUAGAUGUCUGUGAGGAGUGGGAGAAAAAUGACAAGCUCAUUACAUUACUCACUGAGAUCUCAUCAGAAGAAGAAACCAAGACUAUUAUAUUUGCUGAGACUAAGCGCAGGGUGGACGAGAUAGCGCGCGCGAUCGGUCGCGAGGGCUGGCGAGCGCUGGCCAUCCACGGAGACAAGAACCAGCACGACCGCGACCACGUGUUGCAACAUUUCCGCAACGCGCGCGGCGCCAUACUAGUCGCCACCGACGUCGCCGCCCGCGGGCUCGAUGUGGAGGACGUGAAGUUCGUAAUAAAUUAUGACUAUCCCAAUAACUCUGAGGACUAUGUGCACCGCAUCGGUCGUACGGGACGUUCGCAGAACACCGGCACAGCGUACACUCUCUUCACUCCGAAUAAUGCCGCCAAGGCGAAAGACUUGAUGUCAGUGCUGCAAGAAGCCAACCAAGUGGUGAACCCCAAACUGCUGGAGUUGGCGCAGUGUGGUAUGGGAUUCAAGGGAAAAUACGGCCGCAACCGGUACCGCGACAGGGACGAGAGCAGCUCCCGCUCGGAGCGAGGCUCUCGCGGCAGAGGCAGGGGAGGACGCUUCGGAGACAGGGGAGGUUCUAGAUGGGACAAUUCAAGUGACAACUACAACGACAAUCAGAACUCGUACGACCGCCCUGACUUCGGCAACCGACAGAACUUCGGCAACAGGGACAACACGGGCUUCAGACAGGACAACGGGUUCAGGGGACGCGGUGGCAGGGGCGGCAGGGGCAGGGGAGGCUCCAGCUUCAACUCGCAGCAGGAGUUCCAGGGGAACAACCAGAACUAUCAACAACCUCAGAACUUCACCGCACCACCGACUAACUACUAUAACAUGUAUUCCCAACCUCCGCCGCCGCCCGCCAGUAAAUUCGGGGCCAAGUAGUUAUAUUUGACUAUAGCUAAAAUUGUGAUGAGUAUGUGAUGUCAUCCGAUUGAUUGUUAACUUAUAUUGAAGUGCAUUGUGCAAUUUUUUUUAUUGGUAGAUGUUUGACUCAAGCAACUCUAUCAAUGAUCUUUGUGUUGUUUCAUGAUGAAAGGUUUAUCUAAACAAUAACUUGACACCAAAUUGUUAUUGCAAGCGCUUGCUUUGAUGUUAAGUAAAUUUAAACUCAAUGCACAUAAUUAUAAUGUUUGUUUAGUGAGGUUACUGUAAUUGUUCCUUUCUAAGUAGGCGAAAUACUUUUUAUAGGUUAAAAUAAAAAGAAUAUUUUUUUAUAUCGGGACUAUAAUACCAAUCAUGGUAUGUUAAAAAAACCAAAUCUUAUUGGCGUAUUUUGUUAGGAAAGUGAAAAGUAAGUUAGUGUUAAAAUAAUUCGUGAUCCGAGGAGCGAUAAGUGGUCAUGUAGCUACUAGACAAAUGCCUUGACUAAUUAGAGCCCAUGUCCAAAAGAGUAUACUUAUAUUAUGUCGUAAAUGUCUGAUUGUGGCUCAAUAUUAGUUGUGAUGGUAUCAUAUAGAUUGGAUCCUCUCGAAUUCUGCCUCAUUCAAAAGGUAGUAAACAUUUUCAUCCCAAAUUUGACUCUGAAAUAGUAGCUAAGAAACAUGAUUUUUAUAUAUAAUCUAGUUCUGAAUUGUGUAGUAUAAUUUGUCUGUAUUAGCCAGAAUUACCUGUUGAAUAGUGAUGUACUAAACAUAGUAUAAGCCAAACUCACAAUAGUUUAAAGCGUAACAUUCCUCUCAAUAUGCAGAAUUUCUUCAGAUGUGCAAUUCCCUAUUAAAUAAAAGUUUCAUAAAAUAA